AUGUCGCAAACAGAAAUCAAGAAACGUCACACCAGGGACGCCGCCGCAAGCUUCGCCAUGGAUUCGCGCUCUGCGGUGUCACCCGCGAACGAACGUCGAACCUUGACGUGGGACGAGGUCUCCGAAUGGCGGCGGGAUAACAAGUACAUCCGCAGCGGCUAUCGUCGCGAAAAGGCGGAUUACCUCGAGAUCCUCACCAGCUUGACCUUUCUGCACAAUGAGACCUGCAAUGUCUACACUCACUUGAUCGGCGCGCCGCUCCUACCCCUCGUCGCGGCCGCUGUCAUGCGCGGGCUUUCGCAGCAUCACCUUGCCCUCGCCGCGUUAGGGACCAACUACACUUCUGUUCAGCAUCUUCUCGGCCGAGUGCUGCUUACUCUUUAG